GGCAGGUCUGUGUCCCAGAGGUUUGUUCUAGAAAGAGCUCCUCCCAGCUCUAGGUAAAGCUGCUCUCUCCUGGCGGAGCAGCCAGUCCCACUGCACGUGCAUGCAAUCACACACACACCCAGAGCUGCACGCUGCACACACUACUCAAUCUCACUCUUAACCCCGGAGCAAACGCUGCCACUACCUCAGUAGCUGCUGAGUGCUCGACUUGCUGCUUUACCUGGGCACCCAUCACCUGCUAGUGCCUGCAAGGAGAGGACAUGGGUGUUCUUCCGCCCCAGGUGAGAGGGUCCUGGACCCACUUCCAGAAACGUCUCGCCUCCUGGCUGUUCCGAGAGAAAGACUGGAAUCAGCGUCUGGACGAGGCCCAUCUGCUGCAACAGAAGAGGAUUCGAGACUCGCCACUGCUUUGGGCAGCCAAGAACAAUGACUUGUGUACCCUGAAAAGACUUCUGGUGGACAGAACCUGUGACUCGCGACAAAGAGGGGCCCUGGGGGAAACAGCGCUGCACAUAGCUGCCCUCUAUGACAACCUGGAGGUGGCCCUGGUGCUGAUGGAGGCUGCCCCAGACCUGGUCUUGGAACCCACCCUGUGUGAGCCCUUUGUAGGCCAGACUGCACUGCAUGUGGCCAUCCUGAACCAGAAUGUGAACUUGGUGCGAGCCCUGCUCACCCAUGGGGCCAGCAUUUCAGCCAGAGCUACAGGCUCAGCUUUCUGCCACAGCCCCCACAACCACAUCUACUUUGGGGAGCACCCUCUGUCCUUUGCUGCUUGCGUGGGCAGCGAGGAGCUUGUGCGCCUGCUCAUCGAACAUGGAGCAAACAUCCGGGCCCAGGACUCCCUGGGAAACACAGUGUUGCACAUCCUCGUCUUCCAGCCCAACAAGACCUCUGCCUGCCAGAUGUACAACCUGCUGCUGUCCUACGACGGGCGUGGAGGCCACCUGCAGCCCCUGGACCUCGUGCCCAAUCACCAGGGCCUCACCCCCUUCAAGCUGGCAGGAGUAGAAGGCAACACCGUGAUGUUUCAGCACCUCAUGCAGAAGCGGAAGCACAUCCAGUGGACCUGCGGGCCACUGACUUCCACUCUCUAUGACCUCACGGAGAUCGACUCCUGGGGAGAGAAGGUGUCCUUUCUGGAGCUCGUGGUCUCCUCUAAGAAACGAGAGGCUCGAGAGAUCCUGGAACAGACACCUGUGAAGCAGCUGGUGAGCCUCAAGUGGAAGCGAUAUGGGCGGCCCUACUUCUGCCUGCUGGGUGCCUUGUAUUUGUUCUACAUGGUCUGCUUCACCAUAUGCUGUGUCUAUCGCCCCCUCAAGUUCCGAAAUGGCAAUAACACUGUGUCCCGAGAUAUCACCAUCCUAGAGCAGAAGCCACUACAGGAGGCUUAUGUCACUGAACAGGAUAAAAUCCGGCUGGUGGGGGAGCUGGUGACCAUCAUCGGGGCUCUGAUCAUGCUGUUCCUAGAGAUCCCAGACAUCUUCAGGGUUGGUGCCUCUCGCUAUUUUGGACAGACCGUCCUUGGGGGGCCAUUCCAUGUCAUCAUCAUCACUUCUGCCUCCCUAGUGCUGGUCACCAUGGUGAUGAGGCUCACUAACACCAACGGGGAGGUGGUGCCCAUGUCCUUCGCCCUGGUGCUGGGCUGGUGCAGUGUCAUGUACUUCGCGCGAGGAUUCCAGAUGCUGGGCCCCUUCAGCAUCAUGAUCCAGAAGAUGAUUUUUGGAGACCUACUGCGUUUCUGCUGGCUGAUGGCUGUGGUUAUUCUGGGAUUUGCCUCAGCCUUCUAUAUCAUCUUCCAGACAGAGGACCCAAGCCAGUUGGGGGAAUUCCAUGACUUCCCCACAGCCCUGUUCAGCACCUUUGAGCUUUUCCUCACCAUCAUCGAUGGCCCUGCCAACUAUAAUGUGGACCUGCCCUUCAUGUACAGCAUCACCUAUGCUGCCUUCGCCAUCAUCGCCACCCUGCUCAUGCUCAACCUUUUCAUCGCCAUGAUGGGUGACACUCACUGGCGGGUGGCCCAAGAACGGGAUGAGCUCUGGAGGGCUCAGGUCGUGGCCACCACGGUGAUGCUGGAGAGAAAGAUGCCUCGCUUCCUGUGGCCUCGCUCAGGCAUCUGUGGGUGCAAGUAUGGGCUGGGCGACCGCUGGUUCCUACGAAUCGAGAGCCGCCAUGACCAAAACCCUUUGCGAGUGCUGCGCUGUGUGGAAGCUUUCAAGUCCUCAGGCAAGGAGGAUGAACAACAGCAUCUUUCUGAGAAAUGUCCCUCAGUGUUUGAAAGUGGGACGAUAGCCAGAGCCUCCAUGACCCUGCCAACGCCCUCUCUGUCCCGGAACACAUCCCACAGCAGCAGCAGCCACUGGGGUUGGGAGGUCCUUCGUCGCAACACCUUGGGACACUUGAAUCUUGGACUGGACCUUGGUGAGGGGGAUGUAGAUGAAAAUAUUUAUCUAUGAUUAGGACCCCUGUUACUCUUGACAUGACUCCAGGUGGCCUGGAGUGGGACGCAAGCAGAGAGAUAUUUUCCUAGGCCAGAAUCUAAAUCCCAUGAAGUUAAUCAUAGGAGGCUGUGGGCAGAAUAAUUCUCAAAGGCCAUGUCUCAGCCUUCACUUAAGCAUUUCUGGUGACAGGCCAUGGGCCCUUGUCCUACACAUCCUCUGAAAGUCCCAUAUCUUGGGAAAAGAAGGUAUCCUUUGUAGCAAAGUUGGACUUGACCAUGAGAGACACGAGGUAGGGAUACUACACUCAUGUCUGCCCCCUGCAGGUUCUAGGAAGUAGCCUUGGAGCCAGAUAGGUUCCAAGUGCUUAAUGUGAGAGGAGUGGGGCUUCACUUGUGUAAUGUGGGAGGAGCCAGGCCCAGGGAUCUGGCUGUGGCUCUUGUCUUUUUCCUAUAGCCCUGAAGUACUCUUUUCCCACAUAACAACCAGACAGCAACUAUCAAACUGCAAGAAGAAAGGCUCUGUAUACUUGCUUUAUGUUUUAAGUUUAUUGUGGUAAUAUGCACAUACAAUUCAUCAUUUUAAUCAUUUUUAGGUAUACAAUUCCAUGGCAUUAACUACAUUCACAUUGUAGUAUUACUAUUACCAGUAUUUAUCUAUAGACCAUUCUCAUUGUCUCAAGUUGAAAGUCUUGUACCCAUUAGAAAUUAACUGCCCAUUAUCUCCUCCCCAUAGUCCCUAAUAACCAAUAUUCUACUUCCUUAUAAAUUUGACUGUUCUUAGCACCUCAUAAAAGGGAAAUUGUGCUGUAUUAACUCUAUUGUGUCUGCUGUAUUUCACUUAGUAUAAUGCUUUCAAGAUUCAUCCAUGUUGUAGCAUGUAUAAGAAUUUCAUUCUAAUUUAAUUGUAUGCACAUACAAGUUUUAUUUAUCUGUUCAUCCAUUGUUGUACAUUUGUUUCCACUUCUUGUUUCUUGUGAGUAAAACUGUUACAAACAUUGGUGCACAGACAUCCAAGUCCCCAUUUUUGGUAGAUUAUACCUACAAGUGGUAUUGCUGGAUCUUAUGGUAACCUUUGCUUAAUUUUUUUGAGAAACUGCUAUGCCCUUUUCCACAGUAGCUGUGCUCUUUUACAUUUCCUCCAGCAAUAGAUGAGUGUUCCAUUUUCUCCACAUCCUCACCAAUACCUGCUACUUUCUGUUUUUGCUGUUAUUUCCAUCAGUGGCCCUCCUAAUGGAUGUAAAGUGAUACCGUAUUGUGGUUUUGAUUUGCAUUUUCCUUAAUGCCUAGUGACACUGAACUCCUUUUUAUGUGUUUAUUGGCCAUCUGCAAAACAUUUUUUUUAAGAAACGUCUGUUGAAGUCCUUUGCCCAUAGUUUGAAUUGUGUUGCUGUUCUGUUGUUGUUUCUAAGUUGUCUUAUUCUUGCUUUUGAAGUCUCUGAGUCUAAAAAUGUUUGUCUCUCAUUUGCAUCCUAGUAUAUUUUUAAAUAUAUGUGGUAAAUUUUGCCUUUCUAAUCAUUUCUUUUAUGGGAUCAUCCCCAAUCUGUCUGUCAGGUGGCUCAUUAGCAGUUAAUCGCCCUUGUACCUGGAAGCAGCUUCCAGCUGUGUCUGCUGCCACCAUCAUCUCACCAUCUCCAUUUACCCCUAUGCUGAGUUGUGGGGUGAAUGUCAAUAACCAAAGAGGGGCCAUCCUUCUUCAGGAAGGAAAGUGGGAACUAGGCAUCCAGGGCAUCCAUAACAGGAGCUCAGAAGCAGCCUCCCUCUUGACUCCAGCCCUUCACUUCUUACCCCAGCACCGUUAGCACCCUUACCAAGAUGCCAUAAUAACUUUGAAGAGGACUGUGGCCUACGAUAGCAAAGAGAUACGUGGGAUCUGUGAAAGCAUGGACAGGUUCAGCUAGGUACCCAUGCAAAGCACAGAAGAGUGCGGAACAGUGAGGGGUACCAUGAGCAUGCAUGUGCACACUCCCAUACGCAUGUUCCCAGGGGCGCAUGUUCUGAAAGUGCUCAGUCACUGGGCUCCCUCACAUUUCUUCCACCAUGGAAGCACAUCCUAUUAUAUGGACAACAAAACUCCCAUCUGUCUCCAGAUCCAGUUUUCUUUCUCUCUCUUCCAUCAUCUAUGUCUAUCCCUGUCUUCUCUAGUAUUCUCAUCUCUGUCUCUUCCACCUUUUCCUCUCCACUGGUGCUAGUCAGCAAAUAACCAUGCUCUAUUCUUUCCCAUCUUCCAACACAUCACAAACACCCUCCACCGUUUAGCUAUGACUGCCCCAUCUUCUUCACUCUUUCUUCAGGGCCAGACUUCCUAAGGAAAGACUCCAUUUUCCACUGACCUCACACAGAGUCCUCGGUCCAUUUCGAUGUGACCUUACUUCUCCAUACUACUGAUAUCACCCUCAUCAAGCUUAUCUGUCUACCUACAGCUAAAUCUGCUGAAAGUCUCAGUCUUGCUUGAAGUCUCUAGCAUCUGUCAGAUUAUACUCAACCACUCACCACUUCUCAGCAUGCCCACUGCCACACAGUGCCACUCUGAUUUCCUUCCGCCAGUCCCUUCAACAUUUUUGGUACACAGGCUCUAUUUUUCUCACCACCUGGGCAGUCCCAUCCACUUCGAAGACUGUAUUAGCAUGGACAUGUUAGUGAUUCCCAAACCCUUGUCUUCAGAUUAGAUCUGCCUCCUGAGUUCCAGGCGUGAACAGCUUGGAUACCUACCUAUUGGACAGCUAUACCUGGAUAUUUUACAGAUAUCUCAAUCUCAGCAUGUCCCAAACUGAACAGCUUUGCUUCCUCACCAAACCUGCUCCUCCACCAAUGUUUCCAACAUUGAAACAUUGAAAUGAUAGGUGAAGUUGCCCAAGCCAGAAUCUAGGCGUCAUCUACACAUCUAUCUCAACUCUCAUCUCCAGUAAAUCUCCAGUCUUGUGGAUUCUAUCACCUAAAACCUCCUUUGAAAAGUAACUCAUAGUAAUCAAUAAUAUGUCACAAAGUUGUAAGAGCACACAAGGUAUACGGGAGGGGGGGAACACUUUCCUACUUCUGUCCCAGCCCUUCUGGUGUUCUUCCUGGGGACAUUCUUUUACAGUAUAGUUUGUUAUUUAUCCUUCCAAAGUGACUCCCUGCAGAUCCAAGCAUAUGUAUGCAUACAUUCAUCUUCAAAACACAGGCAAUAGUACAGUAUAUUAGGAAAACAGCUCUUGCUUUUCUCAUGUAACAUAUUUUGAAGACUGUUUCAUGCUCAUCCAGCAUAAAACCACCCUGUUCCUUUGUCUCUGCCUCUCUGGCCCCCAUUGGCAUCCCGACAUGGGCCGCCGCUACCUCCGGCCUGCGUUAUGGCAGUAGGCCCCUAACUGCCCUCUCUGCUGGCAGUCUUGGUCCACAGUGCACACUGCAGCUGCAAUGACCUUCAUAAGAGGCGACCUCUGCCUCAGAUGGUGGUCUCAUGAGCGUGCUUCCCUGAUAGCCUCUGGCAACCUCUCCAGCCUCCUCACACCCCUCCCCUCAUGCACUCUCUCACCAAGCUGAAGUAUUAUUAGUUGCUCAAUGGGGCUAUAUUCUCCUCCUUGACCUUCACAGUUUCUGGACCUUUCUACCUUUCUGAACCCAUUACACCCUUCUGGCUUUGUAACUUGUAUUCAUCCUAUUGGUCUCAAUGAUCAUACACUGAUUGUGUGUUAUUAUACAUCCUGCACUUUACUGUCAUCCCUUGUUUAAAUGUCCAUCUUCUUUAGUAGAUUGUAAGGCAAAGGAUGUCCAUCUCAUUCAUCAUGCUGCCAGUGCAUGGCAUAAUUCCUGUGCAAGGU